CCAUACAAGCUUCAUUACGACGAACGCAGUUUCUUCUUAAGGUACGUUUUCCUAGCGACGGGUUUUUUACGCAGCGCGGAACCGAUUUAUCGUAAUCACGUUGGCAGGGACGUGAAAUGCAGUACGCUGCGUGAAAGUGUUUUCCUAGAGACGCGUUUUCAGUCAACGUAGGUGGUGCCAGAUUUCAGUUGCAGUUUUAAAAAAUGGAGGUAAUACGGAGGAAAAGAAAACUCGCUGCGAUGCUAAUAAUAACAGAAAUCAUAGAUGAUGACAGGGAUGAAGAAAUAAUUUUCAGGGAAUUGGCUGAGAGCAGGAAGGAAGUGAGUGCUGUGUUCCAAAAACGCAUGAAUGAAGGAAUAUACAACACUUUGAUCAAGCGCCAUCUCCGUGAUGAAGAAGAAAAGUUUCAAAGCUAUUUUAGAUUGACCCGCGAACGGUUUUCCUUUGUUUUAAGCCUCGUUGAAGAAGAUAUAACAACCUCCUCCUAUAACAGAGUCAAAGAACCAAUAACAGCAGCAGAAAAAUUGGCGUCAACGCUAAGUCUUGUCAAAAAUCAUCAAGUAUGCCUGCAAAGCCAUCUAAGCAUCGAGAAAAAUUCAUGAAAUUGAAGGAAGUU